AUGCUGAUAUCAAAGAAUAUUGCAAGCAGUGUCAGAUGUGUCAAAGUCAAUCCCAAGUGGAGGCAAGAGAAACCUCCCUUACAGAAAGUACCUGUCCCAAAAGCUGUGAUGCAACAGAUUGGAGUCGACAUUGCUUCACUUCCUGAGUGUUAUGGAUAUCAUUACUUUAUCUUUGCAGUAGAUUAUUUUUCCAAAUGGACUGAAGGGGAGCCCUUGAAAGAUAAGACAGCAGCUUCUGUGGCCAACUUCUUAUUCAAGGUAAUAUGUCAUCAUUCUUGUGUCAAAAUUCAAAUCAAUGACCAAGGAAGAGAGUUUGUAAACUCUAUUUUUACAGAGUUACAUCGCCUCACUGGAGUCCAUCAACGAGUGACAAGUGCUUAUCAUCCACAAGCAAACGACCUUGACGAAAAACAGUAUGGGACCAUCAAGAAAAAGCUUCUCAAGAUUUUACAAGGAAAACCUGAUGGACGGUCUAGAUGCCUUGAGCCACUGCUAUUUGCUCUUCGUACAACUGUACAUCGAUCAACAAAGAUGACACCAUUUUUCCUAAUGUAUGGAAGACAGCCAACAUUGCUUGUAGAUAUUGCCAACCUUUUAGAUAGUGAUGAUACUACUGAUGACAACUCCAAUUCUAUUCAUGAAGAUGAUAGCAACUCUGAUGAUGAUAUCUGA